AUGUCCCCUGCGACCGUCUGCGUCAUCUUCCUGGUGAUUGCUAUCAUCGGUUACAUCAUCUUUGAGCGAGGUAACGACCGAGAUGGAAUGGGAAGAAAGUCAAGAUCCGGUACCUCUUCUGCCUCGUCCGACCCAGCCUACGACACCGACAAUGUCCCCAAUACUCCUUCAACUGGCGGGAGCCAUUACCCCAGCGACUACUCUGCCGAUAGUGGCACUGACUACGCCACUGACAGGGAAGAGAGGCCCAAGCCUAAAGGGAUUCUGAGGCCCCCCAGGUCGAGGUCGCAGCGGCGCGAAUCGGUCAGCUUCCCGGGGGAGACCCCUGCGACCGGGGUCAGACUCUUCGAAAAAAAGAAGAAGCUAGCCGAUACCGGUACAGACACAGAGGUCGAGGCAGAAGAGUACAAAGACAAGCCGGAAAACCCUCUUGGCGUACCCACAGCUCCUAGGCCGCAUAUCGAGUCCUGGUUGCCUCGAUUCCGCUCCUCACUUGCCGGAGAGGAGUUUGUGCAGCUAUUGGGGUUCAUGGACGAGGUGGAGGUCCUUGUGUCCAAGAACUGGAUGACUGACGAGAUACAUGAUGGGGGUGUCGCGUCGGAGUGGCUGAAAAGGGUGAUGCUGGAUGAGUGGAACGCGAGUGGGCGAUGGGGCAGAGUGCCGUCAAUCCUGGCUUUUUGCAAGGAGCUCCUCAUGUCUGGUGCGAUCGACAUUUCGGCAUUGGCGAUGGCCAUGUACCUCGACACCAGCAUCAGGGAGUCGCCCGCAUGUCCGGCUGGACCUAUCAUAUUGAUGGCAUUCGAGAAGCCGCCAGCGGCGGCGAUCACGCCCGACGCCGCCGGCGAGGUCCUCCCCCACAAGUUGAAACCGUUCCAAGAGACCCGGGACACCCUGCUGGCGAAGCGAGACCUGCUGCUGGGAUGGUUCAUGCUGCCGUAUCGGUGCUACGACAGAGAUCAGUGGGGCUUUACCGGCCAGCGGUUCCUCGUCACUCGCUCAUUCUCCUUCCAGGGAGUGGAGCUCCUCGAAGGGUCACUUAGGGUGUCGCUAUCCCAAGUGGAGUUCCAAAAGAACGCGACUUUCGUGUUGAACGUGACUAUCUUUGUGCCAGAAAGCAAAGUUAUCCAGAAUAUACAAGCCCUCGAUACCCCCUACACUGGUGAUCCGAAAGACCGGGACGCCUACAUCGCCCACCGUGCGCCCUUCAAGGCUGCCGUCGAAGCAGCCGCGGACUACUUCCGGUUCACUCGGAGUGGCGGGAAAAAGAAUGGUUGGGACGCGUUGUGGGGACCAGACGCGGUGAUGAGAUGCCUUCACUUGGCUGGCCCAUAUAUCCAAGAGCACUUUCCUGUCCAGAGCGUGGAGGAGAAGUUGCGGGAUGAUCGAAUCGUACACAGGCGCCUCAUCAUCCGACCAGCCCACCCGAACAGCCAAGUCGACCCGGGCAAUGAUUCCCUUGAUGGACCAGGCGAGAUGUACAAUCUGUAUACGGACCUCAAGGAGCCCAUCCUCAUGCAAGUGAACCGAGAGGCGGUAUUUAAAGCGAAGUCGUACUAG